AUUUGACAAUAACUAUGAAAAUAAUACAUUUUUAAUAUACAAAUACUAAUAAUUGAAUAAUUAUAUGUCAAAAAUAUUUAUUUUAAGUUGCUAAUGUUAGUUUGAUAAUCAUAUAGUGUGUUUAAAUGGUACUAUUGAUAACACAAAUAUGGAUCUACCACAAGUAAUUUCAUCUGAAAUUAUUAAAAAAUCAUAUUUGAAACAUGAAUGUUCGAAAGAUGUCGCUCUCAUACUAUCGUUGGAACAAGAAUUUGACUGGCAAAUUAUAAAAAAAUUAAAUUUGAGUCUUUUAAAUAUAGUGCACAUUGUUGGAUUAAGAUUAAUUACAAAUUUAGAAUGUUUAACACUGUCACACAACAAAAUAAAAAAAAUCGAAAACCUCGAUUGUCUUACAAAACUGGAAGAACUGAACCUUUCAUAUAAUAGAAUAACAACAAUUGAAAAUCUUGAUCAUUUAACAAAGUUAAAUAUUUUAAGCUUAAGUGGCAACAAAAUUUCUGAAUUAAAAAAUUUGGAUAACAGUUUACAGUUACAGGCAUUUUACAUAAGCAAUAAUGAGAUAACCGAUAUUAAUCAAAUAUACUAUUUGAAACGUUUCAAAUAUUUACAGUGCAUGGACUUGUCAAAUAAUCCUGCUACCAAUAAUAAUAGACAACUAAUUGUUGAUCAAUUUCCAAAGUUAAUAUACCUUGAUAAUGUACAUAUAACAGCCGAGGAACGCUCAUCAACUGUUGAAAUUAACGACGAAUACAGUUUAGCAGGUUCAGAGAUAUUGGGAGAUUCAAACCUUAUACACAAAGCUUUUUUAAACGAGACAGAUGGUUUACAGUUUUUCAAUUAUUUAUACCAUGAAGAUCUUGAUGGUGAAUUGUUGAGUAAAUGGAACUCAACUGUUCGGGGGGCCUUUGCAACAUAUAAGAAACAAAUUACUGAUAGUGCAAUGGAAUUAUACAAUACAAGUCUACAAAAAUUGACGGUAAGAGAUGAGAUGUUUUCCAAGUUCAAAAUGAGUCAUAACAGAUUUGAAAGAAAAUUAACUUAUGAGAGCCGUGAUAUUAUAAAAGAAUUUGAAGAAAUAAGAAGACUAAGGAUGGAACCUACUGAACAACAAUUAAUGGAUAUUGAAACAAAUGGAAUGGGCAUUAGUCAGGAUUCAUUUGGAGUUGGAGUUGAAAAUGAUCAUUUUUCAAUUGAAUCCUUUGUUUCUGUUUCCGAAGGCGAUAUAAUUAUAAUGAAAAGGAAAUUGCACAAAAAAAACAUUUAUAUGAAUAAAACUAUCAUGGAUCUGAUAAGCAAAUAUACAAAGCUUGUAGAAGAAGAACUGAAAUUAUUUUUGGAAUUGUUAGUUCCAAUAUUUUUUAAUAUGCGUGCAAUUAUAAGUACUUAUUCUGAAAUAUUGAGUGAAAAUGUUAGGUUGGCGGUAAAUAAUCCCAUAAAAAUAAUACCAAAGGAGUUUAUAAAUCACUUUGGGAAUAGAUUUGCAAUAAAUGAUGCUGUAGUAAAAAUGUCUGAUAAACAUAUGGAAAUGAUAUAUAAGCGUGAAGAACUACUUAAUUCUAAUGCAAAAAAAUGGGCUGCAAAAUCAAUUGAAGAUUUGAAAAAUUCUGAAAAGCAAAGAUUUUGGAUGGUAUUUGAAGAAAUAACUAAAUAUUGUGAUAAUGUAACGAUUUGGCUUAAAUCUUUAAAAAAACUAUAAUAUCCUGGAAAAAUGUUUAACUAGAUAAUAUUAGUUAUCUACAAAGAGUAUGUUUUAGUUUAAUUAAUACAGAUAAUUAUAUAAAA